UGGUCACAAGUUCACACGAGGCAGUUCAAGCGAUGGCCAUCCUCGGCAUUCUGUGUGCCACAGCUGGGCUAGUCGUGGCAGUCAUCCACGUUGUUCUUCUUGUUAUGAAGAAACAUGUGACGAUUCUGCAGCUCGUGGCUGGCAUUCUUAACUGCUGCGCUUUUUUGUUCUUCCUCAUCGCCGUCAUCAUCUGGGCAGCGGAUAUUAAUGACGCCUUUUCGACAGAUACCGACCUUGGCUAUUCGUUUGCUCUCGGCAUUGUUGGAGAACUGUUUAGCCUGGCAGCAGGGAUCAUCUUUAUCGUCGGAUGGGUCUCUGGGAAUAAUGGCGUUGCUCCUUAACAGUUCUUUUGAGAAUAUCCAAUUGCUUUUAGCCGAUACAGUAGAACAUGACUAUAGCGGCACCCGCUGCAACGGGACCAUCCCUAGAGCGGGAAUUUACCGUAACCCCUUUAUUUUGUCUAUGUAAACUCAAUUAACUGUGCUUGGGUUUAACAGGGUAAGAAAAGGCCCGAACUUGGAUACAGCGGGAGAGAUCGAGCGAGCUCUUGCAGGGGAAAAGGGUUGGGGGUGGGGGAUUGUAGGUGGGCUCCAACCAGGCAGUUAGUGGUUCGGCAUUGUGACUGGCCAGUCCAGUGAUUAGUGAGGUGUAGCAGGCGACAGAGAGAGGUGGUACGGAGAAAGAGAGAGAGAGCGUGUAGUGUGUGAUUUUUCGGUUAUUCUCUUGUGCAUUCCUAUAGGGGGAACUUACCUUCAGCGGGAUUUUUCUUCUGGAACUAAAAGUCCCGCUAUAACCAUGUUCUACUGUGUAAUUCUAUGACUUCACCCGUCCGUUUUGAAAAACUUUUAUAUAAUGCAAUUUGAGUAGAUAUUCAUAUAGCUUUGAGUGUACAGUAGUGCACCAAAACCAUAUCAAUUAUUAUUUUGAUUUGCUUUUUGGUUGUUUUUGUUUUGUUUCGUUUGUUUGUUCGUUUUGAUUUUUGGUUCUGCUCAUUUCUAUCAACUGGUGAUUUUGUGUUUAGUAGCUCCAAUAAAAUGUGCAUCCUUUUUCCAUGUUAAAGUAAGUAAACUUAGCGCAAAAAAAAACCCCAGGGGAAAUUGUGUUUGCCCCG